AUGACAAAUCUUAGAAAUACAAGAAAACCACCAACAUUGGUGCUUAAAAUUUUCCCACAUUCCACACACCAAAACUCUGCCCUCUCCUCCUUCACAAUCCAAACCCCAUAUGCCAAUCAAAACAGAGAAGCUGUUCCCGUCAACUUUCCCUCUCGCCCACAACAAGAAACUCACUUGGUUUCCACCGGUAACAUGGCCUUGAAGAGCACACCCACUCAAUUUUGCAAUGAAUCUAAACCGUUUGAUCAACGUGAAUUUGGCAAUAUCAUUAAGUCAAAUAAGUUGAUCACAAGUUAUAUUCGAGCCGGGGAUUUAGAUUCUGCUCGUAGGGUGUUUGAAAAGAUGACAGUUAGGACAACAGUUACUUGGAAUUCAAUUUUAUCCGGGUAUGCGAAAAUGCCUGGGAAGAUGAAAGAAGCCUGCGAGGUGUUUGAGAAAUGUCCUGAACCAGACUCUUGUUCAUAUAAUAUUAUGUUGGCUUGUUAUUUACACAAUUUUGAUGUUGAUGCUGCUUUGGAAUUCUUUCGCAAGAUGCCUGUCAAGGACACGGCUUCUUGGAAUACUAUGUUAUCAGGGUUUGCUCAAAAUGGGAAGAUGAGAGAAGCACAUGAGUUAUUUUUGGUGAUGCCAGAGAAGAAUAGUGUCUCAUGGAGUGCAAUGAUUUCCGGUUAUGUGAAAUGUGGGGAUUUGGACAUGGCCGUGGAGUUGUUUGAGGUGGCACCGGUUAAGAGUGUCGUGGCAUGGACUGCUAUGGUUACAGGGUACAUGAAGUUUGGGAAGAUUGAAUUAGCCGAGAAAUUAUUCAGAGAGAUGCCUAUGAAAAAUUUAGUAACUUGGAAUACUAUGAUUUCUGGUUAUGUUGAAAAUUGUCAAGCUGAAGAGGGUUUAAAGCUUUUUAGGUCAAUGGUCGGAUAUGGGGUUAGACCGAACCCGUCAAGUUUGUGUAGUGUUCUACUGGGUUGCAGUAACCUCUCUGCAUUGCAGAUGGGUAAACAGGUACAUCAACUGAUUUAUAAAUUUGAAUUAUAUAAUGAUACAACUGCAGCGACCUCUUUGGUUAGCAUGUAUUGUAAGUGUGGGAAUUUGGGGGAUGCUUGGAAGUUGUUUAUUGAGAUGGCACGAAAAGACGUUGUUACUUGGAAUGCUAUGAUUGCUGGUUAUGCUCAACAUGGAGCAGGUCUCAAAGCUCUCGAUUUGUUUGACCGGAUGAGGAAUGAGGGAGCAAAGCCAGAUUGGAUCACAUUUGUGGCAGUCUUAAUGGCUUGCAACCAUGCAGGGUUGGUAGAUCUUGGAGUACAGUAUUUUAAUUCAAUGGCAAGGGAUUAUGGAGUUGCAGCUAAGCCGGACCACUAUACGUGUAUGGUAGACCUUCUUGGUCGAGCUGGUAGGCUAGUUGAAGCUGCGAAUUUGAUAAAGGAAAUGCCGUUCGAACCACAUUCUGCCAUAUUUGGAACUCUUUUGGGUGCCUGCCGGAUCCACAAGAACUUAGAGCUAGCUGAGUUUGCUGCCAAGAAAUUGCUUGAUCUUGAUCCAACGAGUGCAGCUGGUUAUGUUCAACUUGCUAAUGUUUAUGCUGCAACCAACAGAUGGGACCAUGUUGCGAAGGUAAGGCAAUCGAUGAAAAAAAACCGGGUAGUGAAGACACCAGGGUACAGUUGGAUUGAGGUGAAGAGUGUGGUGCAUGAAUUCAGAUCAGGUGACAGGGCUCACCCAGAAUUGGCAUCUAUACAUGAAAAACUGUUUGAACUGGAUCGAAAAAUGAAGUUGGCAGGCUAUGUUCCAGAUCUUAAUUUUGCCUUACAUGAUGUUGGAGAAGAGCAGAAACAGCAGCUUUUGUUAUGGCACAGUGAAAAACUAGCAAUUGCUUUCGGGCUUAUAAAAGUGCCGGUAGGGACCCCGAUUCGCAUUUUCAAAAACUUGAGAGUUUGCGGGGAUUGCCAUCAUGCUACCAAGUACAUAUCAGCUAUUGAGAAAAGGGAAAUCAUUGUUAGAGAUACUACAAGGUUCCAUCAUUUCAAAGGUGGGGUUUGUUCUUGUGGAGAUUACUGGUGA